AUGGUAGAAAGUGACGCGAAGAUGCAGGGUUGGCUUUACCUGAUUCGAUUCAACCGUUUUGGGAUGCAAUAUUCACGUAAAAGGUAUUUCAUUCUUGAAGAGAAUUGCCUCAAGAGCUUCAAAUCAAUCCCCAUUUCUGAUACAGAGGAGCCUGUGAAAAGUGCAAUAAUCGACUCCUGUAUUCGAGUUACAGAUAAUGGAAGAGAAAGCCAUCACAGAAAAUUGGGGGCGAUCAGUUCAGAAGAAGCUGCUAGAUGGAUCCGUUCUUUACAGGAUGCUGCAUUUAAUCCUGUUAAAAACAUAAAAGCUCCUUCAAAAAGAAAAUGGCAACCUUUCAGCUUGAGUGUUGCAAAGGGAAAGGCGAACAAAAGUUCCAUUAAAUUGACUUCUGCAUCUUCUCUGCAAGUGGAUGCGAUGACAUCUGAUGUAAUUGCACCUUCACCUUGGAAAAUAUUUGGCUGUCGAAAUGGAUUACGGCUCUUCAAAGAAGCAAAAGAAAGAGAUUCAUUACCCUCCCAUCUAAAGAGAAAAGGCCUGGCAAUGAAAAGAAGAGACUUGCUGCUUCGGCGUUAUUGGAGAAGAGAAGAUGAUGGCACAUACGUAAUUCUCUAUCAUUCCGUUUUCCACAGAAAGUGUCCACCUCAAUGCGGAUAUGUUCGUGCUUACUUUAAAAGUGGUGGAUUUGUGAUAAGUCCUGUGAGACAAGGUAAAAAGUGUGUUGUAAAACACAUGCUGGCUGUUGAUUGGAGAAUCUGGAAAUCCUAUGUAAUGAAAGCAUCUGCAAGAACUAUAACUAUCAGUUUUCUUGAGAGAGUUGGAGCAUUAAGAGAGUUGUUCAGAGUAAAAGGCUUAAAUAAUUCACAUGAAAUUUUUUCGGGAGAGAUAACAAGAGAAAUCGGGGUGCCUCAUUGUGAAGAAGAUGAUAUCAAAACUGAAAUUGACUUGAUGGGGAUGGAGAUUGUAAGAGAAGAUGAGCCACGGCCUUCAAAUCUUAUGGGACUGAAUGAUGCAGUUGAUGAGUUUUUCGAUGUUCCUGAACCAUCCGAUGAUGAACGAUCAGAGAAUGAGCGGCCUUUGAUUACAAGUCCAGAAUUAUGCUAUGUGGACACGUACCAGCCGAAGUUGCAAUCCGCUGCCAGUAUUGUGAAAAAAUUACAUGAUCGUGCAGUCCAAAAAAAGGGUUACACAGACUUGCAAGAUAUGUCUUUGGAAGAUAACACAUCAUGCAGUUACGGAACCACACUUCCAAAAGAUCCAAGUUUGAAUAUGCCUAGUAGCUGGGCAGCUGCCGAUCCAUCCUCAUUCUUGAUCCGCGGUGAAAACUAUUUAAAAGAUCAUCGAAAGAUCAAAGCAAAAGGUACUUUGAUGCAAAUGGUUGCUGCAGAUUGGCUAAGAUCCGACACGCGUGAAGAUGAUCUUGCCAGUCGCCCUGGAGGCAUCGUUCAGCAACAUGCAGCUCAAGGAAGACCAGAGUUCUUUUUUGUCGUUAACAUGCAGGUUCCAGGAACAACUCCACAUAAUAUGGCCUUUUAUUACAUGCUAACAUCUCCCUUGGAAGAAACGCCUUUGUUAGAACGCUUUGUCAAUGGAGAUGAUGCUUUUAGGAACUCAAGGUUCAAGCUUAUCCCAUACAUUUCAAAGGGAUCUUGGAUUGCAAAGCAGAGCGUUGGAAAGAAAGCUGGUUUGGUAGGUCAAGCGCUUGAAGUUCAUUAUGUUCGAGGAAAGAACUACUUGGAGCUUGAUAUUGACGUUGGAUCAUCCACAGUAGCGAGGGGCAUAGUUAGCCUGGUUCUCGGAUACCUAAACAAUCUUGUUAUAGAACUUGCAUUUCUAAUACAGGGUGACACAGAGGAAGAACUUCCGGAAUUCCUUCUCGGAACGUGUCGGCUUAAUCAUCUAGAUGUCUCAAAGGCAGUUUCUACAGAUUCCAUUGGCAUUAGAUAG